CUGACACAACUGUCUUCAUCCUUUCAUAUCCAUCAAAUAAAACUCGUGAAAUUAUUUUGUUCAUUUAGAAAAACCGCUUAAUUAUGGGUUUAAUUGCCCGUAAGGUGUGUGUGUUUAUCUUUGUAUUUGCCCUUGUGGCCGAAUUUGCGUUCGGAAAUGUCGAGGUUAAUGACGACAAACACUUUUUUCACAAGCCUCGUCCAUACUUCCAUAAACCUCGUCCUUACUUCCACAAGCAUGGCAUUUACAAGAAGGGUUUUAGAAAGGGUUUGGGCGGCGGUGGCGGUCUUGGAGGAGGUGGCGGUCUAGGCGGUGGCGGUGGUUUGGGCGGAGGAGGCGGUCUAGGUGGAGGUGGCGGUCUAGGAGGCGGUGGUGGUUUGGGCGGAGGAGGCGGUCUAGGCCACGGUGGCGGUUUGGGUGGAGGAGGCGGUCUAGGACAUGGUGGUGGUUUGGGCGGAGGUGGAGGUCUAGGAGGCGGUGGCGGUCUAGGAGGCGGUGGAGGUCUAGGCGGCGGUGGCGGUGUGGGCGGGGGAGCUGGAGGAGGAUACGGUGGCGGUGCUGGAGGAGGACUUGGAGGCGGUGGAGGUGCUGGAGGAGGAGGAGGAUUUGGUGGCGGAGGAGGAUAUGGAGGCGGAGGAGGAUUCGGCGGUGGAGCUGGUGGUGGAUUUGGUAAAGGCAUUGGUGGUGGAGGAGGUUUGGGAGGCGGUUAUGGUGGCGGUGGCCAUCACUGAUGAGUAAUGAGGCUCAUGAUCAUGCAUUCGUACGUUGUUAUUAUUUAAUUAAACGAAACAGUGAGAUUAAUUAUUACAAUAAAAUGAUAAUUAGCAAUUGUGUAUGCUAUGUUCUCAUGUUAUGCUUUGGUUGGUUUCAUGUUUGGUUUUUAAAAUGGUCGAUUUGUGCCUUGUGUCAACAGUUAUUGAGUUGUUGUUUCCAAACUAUUGGAGUAUAUGUUUACCUUUGUAUUAA